AAGAAAAACCGACGUCGACGCAGCCACGCAGUGAUCAUCACCAGGAAGGGAGGGCAAGCAAACGCAAAUUGGAGAACAAAUCGACGCGUCGAACCGCUUCGAUUUUCACCACCGCCGGGCUUCAAUUCACCGGAAAACCGCCGCCGGCCGCGGGAAUGUUGAUGUCUUCGGACCGCUAAUGUCACCUGCUAUGGUAGAUUUCCGGUCACCUGCUUCUUCCUCCUCUUCCAAGGUUCAAUCCAAUCUUCACGGAUCCCAGAGCAUCAUUACAGGUGGAAUCCCUUCACCCUCUUCUCAUCACAACUUUGGAUCAAGCGGCAUUCACGAUCCUACUCUGUCAAUGAAUCGAUCGAACCUAGGGCAAGGGGCUUCAGCUUCUAAGGAGAAGCUUUCGGUUCCUCGUUUCCGGAAGCAUAGGAAGCGGUCUGGUACUUCUCGGGAGAUGCCUGCGACCAUUGCAUCGGAUAGUGGCGCAGGUCUUGGAUUCGGCCCGUCUAAGUCGGAAAUGCUUUACGCGGCUCCUUUCGAUCAUGGAGACGAUAGUGGAACGCAGUUUUUACGGGAGCAGCUCUAUGGAUGGAAGCCCUUUGUACAAGACGCAUCAAAUUAUUCGAGUUCUGGAACAGGAUUUAUGUUUAGUGCUGGUUCGUCAGGAUCGAAUGCGAGUUCGAGCAAUAUUGGGGUGGGCUCUGUUAAAGGGGGCACUGCAUUUGAUAUUUGUAACGGAGGUAGCAGCGAUAUUGGCAAGGGAGUUUUCGUAUUUGGGACUGGAAUGGGGAAAGUUUCUAGCUGGUUUAGCAGUUCUUUGCAGACCUCGAGUGGGCAGAACUUGGACUGUGCAAACUCCGCUAAAUCCGUGAGUGUUGAAACAGGAGUACCAGCGGGUGGUUCGGAUUGCUCUAUCGGUGGAGGUAAUGUGUUUUCUGAUAAGGAUGCAUUUGUUUUUGGGAGCAAAGGCAAGAACGAUGGUAACUUUUGUCACAGUUCGUCAUUGGGAUCUGAUAACGAUUCAUCAUAUAAAUUAAACUCGAGCAAAAAUGUUAAGGAGAAAAGUAGGAUGCCGCAUUCUGGUUUUUUUGUGCACAGGAAUGGAGAGAAGAAAAGUACCCAUUCCAGUAAGGAUUUUUCUUUUGCUUCCGAUGAUGGCUUAUUUAUUGAAAUACCUGACAGAAGCAGGAAGAAUGAUCAGGAGAAUUCUGUUAAUGUGGACCAUCAGAAGGCAAACACGAAUGCUUAUUUGUUUGGAGGCUUUGUGGAGACAAAAUUUAAUAUAGAUCAGACCUCAACCUUGUGCUCCAAUGGUAGUUCAUUUUCCUCAGUUUCUAAGUUACCCGAAGACCUAAGCAAGCUCAAGAUUGAAACUUCUGAGAACGGUGAGGAUGGGAACAAGGACCAAGGUGUUUUUGUUUUUGGGGGUGGUGUAAAUAAGAGCAGCUGUUCAAGCAAGAGUUCAUCAUUUGAGUCUUUUGACAGCUCAUUCUCAAAGCUACCGCAGAAAAUGGAGAAGCUGAACUUACAGAGUUCUGUUGGUGUCCAUGGCGAUACUGAAACAGGUACUGAGAGCAAUUUAAAGAAACAUGCUCAGUUGAGUCAAACUUUUUCUGCAGGUCAUGAUGUGGGCGGAUUCUCUACUUUUCCGGGGGAGUUGAAAAAACAAAAUUUGCAGAGCUCGAGUAAUGGGGAACAUUGGAAUGACAAUCAUGGUGUUUUUGUAUUUGGCAGCUAUGUGAGCAAAAAUGUAAAUUCAGGCAAAUCAACGACCCUCAGUUUUGAUGAGAGUUCAAUAUCAAAGUUACCUCAGAAAAUGGAGAAGCUGAACUUACAGGAUUCUGUUGGUAGGGUUCAUGGAGAUAGUGAAACGGGUAAUGAAAGCAGUUUAAAGAAACCUACUCAAUCCAGCCAGACCUUUUCUUCAGGCCAUGAUGUGGGCGUCUGCUCUAUGUUUUCUGGAGAUUUGAAAAAACAAAAUUUGCAGGGCUCGGGUAAUGAGGAACAUGGGAAUGAUAAUCAUGGUGUUUUUGUAUUUGGCAGCUAUGUGAGCAAAAAUGCAAAUGCAGGCAAAUCAACGGCCCUCAGUUUUGAUGAGAGUUCAAUAUCAAAGUUACCUCAGAAAAUGGAGAAGUUGAACUUGCAGAGUUCUGUUGGUAGGGUUAAUGGAGAUAGUGAAACAGGUAAUGAGAGCAGUUUAAAGAAACCUGCUCAAUCCAGCCAGACCUUUUCUUCAGGCCAUGAUGUGGGCGUCGGCUCUAUGUUUUCUGGAGAUUUGAAAAAACAAAAUUUGCAGGGCUCAGGUAGUGAGGAACAUGGAAAUGAUAAUCCUGUUGUUUUUAUAUUUGGUAGCCAUGUGAGCAAAAAUGUUAAUUCAGGCGAGUCAUCGACCCUCAGUUUUGAUGAGAGUUCAAUUUCUGAACUUCCCGAUGAAAUAAAGAAUAUAAAUCUGAAUAGCUCAGGCAAUGAGGAUGAUUCUCUGAAAAGUAAGGCAGGGAAUAUGUGGAAACAUCAUGACAACAAUGCAGCUUCCAACUUUACUUCGCAUUCAGGAAAAGAAGAUUAUGAUUCAAGAGCCACGCCUUUGCAGGCACAUAACUCAUGUGGGCUCAGCGCAGAUACUACAUCCUUCCCUUCUCCACUACCUGGCUUCCAAACUUCUGUGAAUCAUUUCUGUUUCACCAGCAUGCAUACAGGAUCAGAAACACCAACAAUGGAGUUUAGAAGUCAAAAGCAAGCUCCUUGUUUGUUGACCAAGGAGAAUGUCUUCACUAAACCACAUAAAAAAAUGACUUCUGGUAUGAAGAAAGAAGAUUCUAAAGGUGUACGGACAAAGAAUAAAAAAGGUAAAUCUAGGCAAUCUACUCCAAUACACACGAGCAUGGAUAAACAGUUUGUUUCCGUGGAUAAGGGUCCUGAGGAAAAUCAAGGGCAAGAUUCUGCUGGUGGGGAUUCACCUAUGGAUUACUCACCUUAUCAGGAGACUCUAGUAUCUAACCAGUGCCCGAGAGAAGUACCUUUUGCAUCCGCUGAAUCCAUCCACUUUGAUUCAAGAUGUGAAUCAAUUGAUGCAAAGAAAUCAGGUUUUGUAGACACAAAGGAGGGAGAAGUAUUCUCAGCAACAGUGCAUUUUCAUACCAAUGAAAUUCUUCAAGAUAAUGAAGAAGCAGAUUGUUGUUCUAGAGUUCCUUCUGCCAGACAUUUUACUUCUACAGAUGAAAUGACUUCUGGACUCCGGAAAGGAAGUUUUGAAGCCGUAAAUGAGAAUGUUGAGUCUGUUAUCCAGGCAAAAUCUUCUUCUACGGAAUCAGAAUCAUUCAGCUAUGACUCAAGCAUCAAGCAGCCCACUUAUGAGGGUGGUAGUGAAUUUACAUUUAAUUCUUGCUCACAAGAUGUUGGUCAAUCCAAUUUUCUGUUUGCUGCUACAUCUGUUACAUCAUCUGUUCAGGGACCAUCAACAGCAUCAAAAUGCAACCGAAGGAAAAGCAAGCCAAAAGGUGGUCAGGAUUCACAUCGUACUUUGUUUCUUUUUCCAAAUGCUCAUGCGCCUACUAGUCCCAAACACAACCAAAAUGGCUGUGAUGAUGGUGAAAGAGCAGCAAAAGUUAAUGGUACAAAACAAAAUCAGGAGUCUGCAGAAGAAGCCUGCGAAAAGUGGCGACUUAGGGGUAAUCAGGCUUAUGCAGAUGGAAAUCUAUCUAAAGCUGAAGAAUACUAUAGUCGUGGAGUGGAUUCUCUCUCUUUGAAGGAAAUUUCUAGAAGUUGCAGUAGGGCCUUGAUGUUAUGUUACAGUAAUCGCGCAGCUACACGAAUGUCUCUCGGAAGAUUGAGGGAAGCACUUGGUGACUGCAAGAUUGCUGUUGCAAUUGAUCCAAGCUUUCUUCGAGCCCGAGUAAGGGCUGGGAAUAUCCAUCUAUCUCUUGGAGAGCCUGCAGUUGCACUGCAACAUUUUGAGAAGGUUUUGCAAUUAAGCAAGGAGACAAAUUCUGACCAGAAAAUUCUAUUAGAGGCUGUGGAUGGCCUCGAAAAAACAAAGAAGUUGAAUGAUUUAAUAAAUCAGUCUUCUACAUUAUUGACAAAAAGAACUCCAGAUGAUGCAACGAAAGUUUUGGAGAUUAUCUCUGAGGCAUUCUCCAUUGCUCCUUAUUCAGAAAUCUUGUUAGAAAUGAAAGCUGAGGCUCUAGUGAAGCUGCGGAACUUUGAUGAAGCGAUUCGGAUAUGUGAACAGACACUGGAGUUUGCUGAAAAGAAUGCUAGUAUUACUGAAACUGCUUGUCAGUCAAAGGAAACCGAUUGUUCCAAGUCCAUGGAAGCCAAUUCAAGUUUUUGGCGAUGGCGCGUCAUCUCGAAGUCCUAUUUUUAUUUAGGAAAACUCGAGGAGGCUAAUGAGCUACUUCAGAAACACGAGAAAGUGAAACCUGUCAUAGACAAAUUUUGGAACAAGUAUCCAGAAUCUUCCACAUUUCCUGCCACUGUAUGCGAGCUUCUACACCUAAAGACUGCAGGCAAUGAAGCAUUUCAAGCAGGAAAGCAUCUGGAAGCUGUGGAACUUUAUACUGCUGCUUUAGCAUUGAAUACAGAAUCUCGUCCAUUUACAGCAAUAUGUUUCUGUAACCGGGCUGCUGCAUACCAAGCUCUGGGCCAAAUUGCAGAUGCAAUUGCAGAUUGCAGUCUUGCUAUUGCUCUCGACUCUAGUUAUAAAAGGGCAAUUUCUAGAAGAGCCACCUUACAUGAGAUGAUUAGAGACUAUGGACAGGCGGCCACUGAUCUGCAAAAGCUUACAUCUCUUCUUGAAAUGCGUUCAGAAGAUAAAAACAGUACUAGUGGAGCGCUGGGUAGAUCAAGUAGCAACAUCACUGAUCUCAAACAAGCUCAAAUGAGGCUUUGUACAGUGGAAGAGGAGGCUCGUAAAGGAGGCACAUUGGAUAUGUAUAUGAUAUUGGGAAUUGAAAGGUCAUGCUCUGCAACAGAUGUGAGGAAAGCUUAUCGCAAAGCUGCACUGAGGCAUCAUCCUGAUAAGGCCAGUCAAUUCCUAGCUCGUAGCGAGAACGGUGAUGAUAGGGUUUGGAGAGAAGUAGCAGAGGAAGUCCACUCUGAUGCUGAUAGAUUAUUCAAGAUGAUUGGGGAGGCUUAUGCGAUUCUUGUAGACCCGUCUAAGCGCCAACAGUAUGAUACUGAAGAGGAGCUGAGGACUAUGAAGAAGGGAUUUGGUCCCAGAACCCCAGCUAGUAGUUACAGCACCCAACACGAAAGAAGCUCCGAUUGGCACCGCUGGCGCCGAUCUGGAAGCUCAUAUCAACGAUGAUCAGAGAGGUGAUUUCUGUAACACAUCAAUUUGCAUCUGUUGGAGAUGCUGGAAGCUGCAUUCCCUGCUGAUAGUCUGCCAUUGAUGACUUGGAAAAGCUGUGAUUUCAUGUAAUGGAAGGCGCGACCGUCGAAAGGUUUGUAGAAAUUGACCUGUUCUGUACAUAAGGAGUUUGAUUUAGCCAUUUUUGAGCAGAUUUUGGCUGAGAUGGACUGCAAUAUCAGGAGAAAUCAGGUUGGUGAUUGAUUACACAUGUAAAGAGGAAUGAUUGGAGGUUGAGAGCUAUUUUUCUGCUUGAGUAGGAUUUUUUUCUUUUUAAUAAGUAUUAGUUUAUGUGGUUUAGCUAUUAUUUUGCUUAAUUUUCAAAAGGGAUGUAUAAUUUUCUCUAAUAUUCAUUCAGGACAUACCAUUCUUAUUUGCUUGCUA